AUGGCGUCGAAGCUUCUUACUACUUUCUUCCUCCUGAUCUCCUUUCUCGAUCUCGUCUCCCUUUCUGAUGCUUCUCUGGAUCCUAUCUCCUCCGGCGUGGAAAUCCUCGCCGAUUCCGGCUACUUCUCCAUGGGACUCACUCUCCAGCUCGCCAACAAAGACCUCCAUCUAGAAGAUUGGCAAGAGCUCACCAUCUUCGUCCCUUCCGAUCGAUCCUUCUCGGAAAAUGGACAGCCGUCGCUUCUCGAAAUCAAGUACCAGAUCUCUCCGACGAGGCUCCCCGGAGAAACGCUAAGGAACCUUCCCCGUGACGCGAAAAUCCCCACUCUGAGAUCUAAUUCCUCUCUCACCGUCACGAAUUCUUCGACAUCCGGAGGUAAAUUCUCGAUCAACGACGUCGUGGUCCAAGAUUCACCUGUUUUCGACGACGGAUCCGUCGUGAUUUACGAAGCCGACGAGUUUUUCACACCACCGGAGACUUCCGCUUCCGCUUCCAGCCUCAACUCAUCAUCAUCAUCGUCUUCUUCAACCCCAACCCCAAUCCCAAUCCCAGACCCAAUCUCAUCUCCUGCAUCGAUUCCAAUCCCUAGCUCCGCGACUCGUACUUCUCCGACCCCUAAUUUCGCCGGAUCCUCUCAAAUUCCCCCAAACCGAACUAAACCAACGAGCUGCUUCAACAUCUUCGAGUCGGCUUCGAGAUUGCUACUCUCCAGAGGCUUCGUGAUCAUGGCCACGUUUCUCGCUCUGCAACUUGAAACUUCAGAGAACAACAACGACACGACGAAGCUCACAGUCUUCGCUCCCAUCGACGAAGCGAUUCCGAAUUCCAUCGCCAAAUUCUCCGAUUACGCUACUAUCUUCCGGGGACACGUAAUCCAGCGACUUCUCUCUUGGAAAGAUCUCCAGAAUCUGGCGUGGGAAGAUUGGAUCAUGCAAACUGCUCUAAAAGGUUACGAGAUCGAAGUUUCUUGGUCAGGUGAUGUUCUUCUUCUCAAUGGAGUCCCACUCAUGUACCCAGACCUUUACGUCAACGAAUGGAUCGCUGUUCAUGGCGUUAACCAAAUGAUCGUACCACAAGCAAUGAAGGCUAAGAUUGGAGAAGAAGAAGAAGAUGCUCAUCAAGACUACUCUUCUGAGUUAGGUGACUAUAAUAAUCUUCACUGA